CGAUCGAAAUGGCUGUCCACGAGGCGAACCUGUCGUUUGGCUCUUUUGGUCACGAAAAAAGACCUCGAGGCGAAUCACAUGUAAAUUCGGACAAUGUUCAUCCAACUGUGAUUGCCAACAGAAAAAGUCUUCCGGCCACCUAUGGUGACAUGGACGGUCCUAACCUCGGGGAAUCCACCCUGGAUGGCCUCGAAGAUGACUCCCCAUAUCCGGAGGCGAGGUCAGCCGUCGCAAACACUGAUGAUCCAGACAUGCCUGUCUCGACUAUCCGGGCUUGGUUCCUCGGAAUGCUGAUGGCGAUUGUCGUUCCAGGUGUUGACCAGCGAGAGCCACAGUUCUCGCCUCUGAUUCGCCCUGUAGGGAGGUAGUGGAUCAGCAUUCCUCAUUUCUCGCUACUGGAUGCAUUCCGAAAAUCCCAAACCCCUAAGCGUUCAGCAAUCGAUGGGAGGAUGCGCAUGAAUACUGUAACGAGUGGCGAAGUGUACUGUUACCAGAAUUAGGUAUAAUGUCUCGCAGCCACAGGAAUGGCUGUAGUUGACAUAUCAGUUAGCACGAACCGCUCAUAGUGGGAUGUGCUUGAUUGAUUGAUGCGGGUUGAAAUCCGAGUUCCCACGACCCCAAAUGACUCGCUACGAAUUUCCAGAACUGCACGAAGAUGGCGCAAAUGUUGGGGGGGGGGGG